UAUAUUGGUCUUGACUCGUCAUCCUUGUGUUUUCCAUUUUUGGGUGUGAAGGACUACCCAAGUGAUCAAUUUUAAUUCCAGCUAAUAGUAUAUAUCAAUUAAGUUGAAGAGAAGCUGCAAAGGAAAUAUAAUGGCAGCUGUUUCAUUGCCACCUGGUUUUAGAUUUCAUCCAACUGAUGAAGAACUUGUUGCUUAUUAUUUGAAAAGAAAGAUCAAUGGUCAGAAAAUAGAACUGGAAAUUAUUCCUGAAGUUGAUCUUUACAAAUGUGAGCCAUGGGAUUUACCAGGGAAGUCCCUAUUGCCUAGUAAAGAUCUAGAAUGGUACUUUUUCAGUCCUCGUGACCGUAAAUAUCCAAACGGAUCGAGGACAAAUCGGGCAACGAAAGCAGGAUACUGGAAAGCCACUGGAAAAGAUAGAAAAGUAAAUUCACUGAUGAGGGCUGUGGGCAUCAAGAAAACAUUAGUGUAUUAUAAAGGAAGAGCACCUAAUGGAGCUAGAACUGAUUGGGUUAUGCAUGAAUAUCGUUUAGAUGAAAGAGAAUGUGAAGUUGCUAAUGGCUUGCAGGAUGCUUAUGCACUUUGCCGUAUAAUCAAGAAGAGUUUGAAUGCUCCAAAAAUGGGAGAUCCUUAUACUAGUGCAUCAAGUGAUCGAUCCUCCAGCAUUGACCUUUAUUCUGAGGGAAGAUGUGAUAGUGAUAUGGAGAUCUCUGAAUAUAGAAGAUCACCAUCAGCUACAUUGAAUGUAGCUGCAGGUCCAAGUGAUGACAAAUGGAUGCAAUAUUUUUCAGAUGAAGCUUUUAAUUUCAACAGUCCAUCAUAUCAACAUUAUGGAACAUCCCCAUAUGCACCACCCAAGGUAAAUGUAGCAUUAGAGUGUGCAAGGUUGCAGCAUAGAUUUGCAUUACCUUCAUUGGAGGUUCAAGAUUUUCCACAAGCUGGCUAUGUUAAUUCCAGGAAUAACCCUCCAAAUACAGUUAAUCAAACAGAUAUAGUCCAAGAAAUCCCUUCAGUUGCUCAAGCUGCACAGGAUCAUAUUAUAAAUCAAGAUUCAUGGGGUGGAAAUAAUUAUGCUCCAGCUGAUGAUUUUUCUUUUUUUCCUAUUGAACAAUUUGGUGAAGAUUUUAAAUCUGAAAGAAUUGUAGAAAAUUUGAGAUGGGUUGGAAUGUCAGAGAUGGAUCUUGAUAAGACAUUUCUUGAAGACUACAAGACGGUUCCAAUAGAAAGUAUUUCAGGUGUCUUGAAAGAAGAGUACGAGCUUGAAGGAGAAACAAGUAGUCACAACAACAGCUUCAAUGAAUUCAACAAACAAGAGGACAAUUUCUCCCCAUGUUUUGAAGUUUAUGAGAAGAUUGAAAUCAACCAUGGACUGUUUAUAGCUACUCAACAAACACCCAAAACAUUCUAUCAUCAAGUGGUUCCUUCCAAAACUCUCACAAUUCAUCUAAACCAUCUUGAAAAAUUCCAUGAUGACUCAAUAAUAAAAGUACCCCAGAAAAAUACAAAUUUUCUUGAUUGUUUUUUGAAGAAAAAGCUAUUGAUCACUAGGCCAUGGAGGAAAGCAAUGAGCACAUUGGUGGGUGUGAUUGCAAUUUUACAUACUUUUUGGGUGUAUUUCAGCUUAUAUUUGGAGAAUGAAGGACCCAUAGGAGAAAAUAUGGAAAUUUUUCAAGAAUAUUGCUUCAUCAAGGAGAAGAACAAGAAAGCUCAAGAAAAGAAAUGGCGUUAUUUCCCACUCUUAUUAGCUCUUUCUACCAUUUGGUUGCAAAAUAUUAUACCUAAUUCCUUUUGACCUUCUUCUUAUAAUUAUUUUUUACUUUUCAUUUUUUUUUAAAAAUAUUUUCCGAAGAUGUAACUUCUUGUAUUGCUAACCACAUUUGUUAUUAGGAAGCCAUGACUUAUUUAGUGCCCGUGAAUUUGAUGCUAAAGGUGUCUUGAUAUACUUGUAUUUUGGUUUUUUUAUUGAUACAUCUAAUGAACACAUUUCUUAUAGUGAUAUACUACUAUUAUUUGUGAUUGAUUUCUUUUCCGAAUCGGAUACUAAACGUAGGGUUAAAUUUAUACAUGGUUCCUUAAAGUUAUAAAGUAAAGGGUCAAAAAUACCUCUCUACUUUAUUUUAUUAGCUAAGUUUCCCCUCCGUUACAAGUUGAGACUAUUUACACCUUUGCCCUUAUCAAAGUUACCAAAACAACCUCCAAAUCAACCUCAACUCUCCAAUUUCAUUU